AUGCCAGUCUUCACCGAAUACACCGCCGCGUCGCGCGAACUGCGCGUUCUCCCAUCCUUCGCUCCCCCACUCCCACGCCGAUCUCCGAAACCAGAACCUACUGCUGGCAGUGAUGUAGAGAAAUACGAGGUUGUGGUUGUUGGCGCUGGGCCAGCUGGCCUUAUGCUCAACUUACUUCUGGCGCGCUACGGGUUGAGCGACGAGUCCCUACUUUGCGUGGAUGCAAAGCCGACGACCUUGAAGUCGGGACAGGCUGAUGGACUCCAGCCUCGGACUUUGGAGACGUUGAAAUCGCUCGGUCUGGCAGAUGAGAUCCUCACAGAGGGUUGUCAGAUGUGGCAGGUCGCGUUUUGGAACCCUUCCAACGACAAGGAGAAAAUCAUUGAGCGAACGUCCAUCAUUCAGGAUGUUGCUGUCCCCGCGCGAUUCCCACACGAAGUCACCAUUCAUCAAGGCCGGAUUGAACGGAUCCUGGAAACAGAUCUUCACCGAUACUCGAAGCGAGGCGUCCAGCGGAAUACAAAGCUCAUCGAUGUGAAGAUCGAUGAGGCAGGGGACCCUGAAUUCCCUGUUAUCGCCGAGAUCGAAUCGGAAGGUCGGAAACGCACGGUGCGGACAAAGUAUCUGGUCGGAGCCGAUGGUGCUCGUUCCGUGGUCCGGCGCAGCAUGGGUCUGAAGCUGGAGGGCGAAUCGCUGGAUCACAUCUGGGGCGUUGUCGAUUUGAUCGUGGAUACAGAUUUCCCCGAUAUCAGACGUCGGUGUGCUAUCCACUCGCCCGCAGGUUCCGUGAUGGUAAUUCCUCGGGAGAGGAUUGCGACGGGAGACUAUCUUACGCGACUCUAUGUCCAAGUGCCAGGAGAUAUCAACCCAGACAAUGAUACCGAAGCUUCGAUUUUGACCGACAAACCAGCAGACGCUCGAUCUCGUCGGAGCCAGGUUACCGAAAAAACGAUUUUCGAUAAUGCGGCUGCUGCGUUCAAGCCAUAUUAUAUCCGACCGAAGAAAGAUGGAGCGGUCGAUUGGUGGGCGGCAUACCAGAUUGGCCAGCGUGUAACGGACAACUUUUCGGUGAAGGACUCCAAGGGAGUGAAUCGUGUGUUCAUCGCAGGUGAUGCCUGCCAUACUCACAGUCCCAAGGCCGGCCAAGGAAUGAAUGUUUCAAUGAUGGACUCGUACAAUUUGGCUUGGAAACUAGCAUACUCAAUACAUGGACUCAGCCCAAGUGCAGGAACUGCUGGGCCGGACCCCAUCCUCGAAACAUACCAUAAAGAGCGACACACCAUUGCCGAAGAGCUUAUUGCAUUUGAUCGUGACUUCUCCUCGAUGUUCUCCGGCAAGAUUGGGGCCUCCGGAGACGGGGUUGGAGGAUUGACACACGAGGAGUUUAUGCAGGUCUUUAGCCGAGGAAACGGCUUUACCAGCGGUUGCGGAAUCGAGUACCCAGAGAACAUAGCCGUGAACUGUGAUGACAGUGCGAGGAAUCCUAUUUCCGGAGAAGACUAUUUAGCCGGUAUCCUUCGCCCGGGUCGGAGAUUAUUGAAUGUACGCCUUGUGCGGCAUGCAGAUGGAUACCGCCGGGACCUACAAGAUGAUUUUGCCUCCACUGGCAGGUUCCGCAUUUUAUGCCUAACUUCUACCGAUAUUCUGGACCCGCAGGGUGUUUCCGCGACAACCCUCAGCACACUUGGACGUGUCAUUCCACGAUUCCCCCAGUCGGUGGUUGAACAGGUUGUUAUCCAUCCACGUUUGGAGAGAGAUUUCAUGUGGAAUGAUAUUCCCAAUGAAGUCAAGCAAUACUCAGAGAUGUCAUUUUACAGCGGUCAUGAAAUGGACGAUGUGUAUCAGACUUAUGGUGUCGAUGUUUCCAAAGGAGCGCUGGCAGUUGUUCGUCCAGAUGGAUAUGUAGGUAUCGUGGCGACCUUGGAGGACGCCGAGCGCGUGGAGAGAUUUCUGGAAUCAUUGAUCUGUACGGUAUAG